UUUCCUGUUCAGCUUUUAUGGACACGACUCGAGGAAACACUUUAUUUCAUCAGAUAUUUACACCAUAAACAUAAAGUUUAAAUGCACUGACGUCUUAAACAGAAGUGAAAUCACCAUUUUCUGUCCUGGCGUAGGCGGAUGUUCUAGGUCACAGACGUGGAGCAGGGUGAUUUCCCAUGAUGCCUCUGGGCCUCUCACAUUUCAACCAAACCACUGCCAGUCGGUGACUGUACACGAGACUCGGCUGCUGCUGCUGGUGGUGGUUUACACUUUCUCCCCGAGACAGAACGUUCUGCAGAGCGACGGACGUGUGGUUUAACUCCUCGAGAGGAAAAAAGAGUUUUUCUCAGUCGUGUGUAAACAUUAAAAAUGGUAAAGCUUUGAUCCGUUCGAUCAAACGCUGGUGAACUGGCAGAACGGGAUCAUAAGCCUCACACCCCUUUAACAAACUGUUUCCUGUCCUGAGAUCAGGUCAAACAGGAAGAUCCAGGGACGCGUUUUAUCCACUUAUCAAACAUUAGUCAGUAGAAAAGAGCUGUGCAAAAUCCCUUAAUCACCUUUAUUCAUUCAGUUAUUUCUACAGUUGGUUUGUAAUUAAUAUUUAUCCCCUAAUGAAAAUAAAAGUGAGUCUGCGUCUGAAACUGAGCAGCGAAGGGAUUCGUUCCGACGUGCGGCUGUGAUGAAACUGUGAAAGUGAAACGAUCCCUGUGUGGGCACAAUCUAACCUCACUUCCUAAUAAAAAAAUCACAUCUAUUAAACAGUCAUGACGAGACCGUCCCUCAGACUCACAAACACCUCCCUCCGUCCAUGAGGACGCCUCACGGAACAAACCCAAACCAGACUGAAGUCGAUCAUCUCAGCUGGCAGGUCAGGUGAGGCGUGGGGGGGGUCGGACCUGGUCUCCAUGGCCCAGUUCCAGGAGGUUUUGGGUGAAGUGCGCUCGGCUCUGGCCUCGGCGUCUCCCGCCGAGCUCCGGGCUCUGGUCCAGGGUCUGGUGGAGGAGAGGAUCAUCUCAGAGGCGUACAGCAGGAGUCUGCAGCAGCUCACUGAGGGAGGGGCCGCACCUGAGUCUGAGCCGGAGCUGGACGGGUGGUUGGUGUCUGGGGGGUCCGGCAGCUGGGACUGGACGGGGUCGGUGAUGGACGGACGGAGGGAGAGGACGGGCGUGGACACACAGACUCUGAGGGAGAUGCUGAGAGGCUCUGAGAAGAAGGGGAGUUUGGAGGAGGCUGAGAAGGAGUGGUUAGAGGAGGUGUCUCGGAGGAUCGCGGUGCCUCUGUGGCAGCACUGGGACACAGGACGCAGGAUGUUGCUGCCUCUGGUUCCUUGUUGGACCCGUGGUUCUGCUCUGGACCAGGACGAGGAAGUGGAGCUCGCUGACAUGUGCAGGACACUGGACGAGAGCGAAGGCAUCUCCUCCUGCGCCGAGCUGGACUCAGCAGACUCCAGCGUGGGUCUGGGUCCGGGUCUGGGUCUGGGUCCGGGUCUGGGUCUGGGUCCGGGUCCUGAAGCUGGACUCGACCUGGAUCCUUUCAGAAGCUUUGGAGAAGGAUGGACUCCCUCAGGACCGACACAGUCUAACAGGAGGCUGAGUGAUAAGGACCAUGUGGACUCGUUCAGUCCGGCUCCAGACUCCGGCCUGACCCCCCCGGUCACGGGGAUCACAGAGUACGUGGACACCUUCUCCAGGACGAUCAGCAGCUCAGACGGAGGAGACAACGUGGACUCACUCUGGGAUGCCAAGAUGCAGGAGGUGGAUCCGGACGUUAUCAUCCCCUCAGACUUUGGAGAUUUACCAGAAGAUUUAUCCGAAUACAUGGACGACAGUUACCUGAACACAGACGUCCUCCUCGGUGACCCCUGGUUUAACUCUACAGAUGAAUUCAGUGACUUUCCUUUACCCACGGAAGCAUCCAGCGGUGACGCUCACCAGCAGAGACACACGACCAAACUACCAGACAAAGCAAAGAGACGAAAGACACAGAGAGCUCCUUCGUCACCUCUGUGUCCAGACGAGACGCCGAGACCCAAACGCAGGAAAAAAGCAGCAGGUAAAACAAACACCACAGAGCCAGAGUCUGAGCCAGACUCCGUUCAAGGACCAGAGCUGAGUCCAGUAAAGACCAUGAGAGGUCCCUGCACAACUCCACAGAGAAUCCUCCACAUCUACCCGUCCCACCCAGGCUCCCCCAUCCCCAUUCAGUUCAUCGCCCUCCGAGAGGCCCCUGGGUACCAGGUGGUCCGGCUUUCCCCCCCUCCUCCUUUAAUAAGGUUCCCACUCCCCAACACAGCGGCUGCUCCAGCCUAUAUAUUAGUUCCUGCGUCGUCUCCUCCUUCCGCUCGUCAGGUUCCUCCUCUUUCCCCAGUGGAUGGAGCAGUAGCACCGGUCCAGAUGAGUUCAUCUCCUCCAGGUUCUCUCUCGGACACGGCCAGCAAAGCCAUGUCUCCCCCUUGUGCCUCACCCCUCUCCCCCAUUAAUGACUCGUCUCUGUGCAAAGAGUCAUCUCCUCCUCCUCCUCCUCCUCCUCAGUCUCCCACUGCCUCCCCCGUCCCCGACCUCCCACCGGCAGUUAAGGAGUACAUCCAGGAAGCCAAAGCCCACGUCGGCCUGAUGUGCCGGGACAUGGAGGAAGGCCUGAGCCUGACGUCGCAUUACGUGGACGUGAAAGUGAACCAGAGAGAGACUCUUCGUUCAGGAAAGAACACAAACAAAACCCUGGACAAGGAGCUCGUCAUCAUGGGAGACACAGACCGUCAGAAGAGCUGUGUGGAGCCCGCCCAGAUGUUCGAGGCCUCAUCUGGAGACAAGUCCCGGCUCUACAUGCUGCUGCUCGGCAACGCCGGCAUGGGGAAGACCACCCUGAUAAAGAAGCUGUGUCUGGACUGGUCCAGAGACGCCGUCCCUCAGUUUGACUUUGUCUUCCUGCUGGAUGGGAAGAGUCUGACGUUGACAGAGCCCGUCUACAGCCUCCGGACGCUCCUGCUCAGCGUCUCCUCCUUCGCCUCCUCCUGCCCGGACCCGGAGGAGGUGUACGCUCAGAUCGCCGCCGCGCCCAAACGCGUUCUCAUCAUCUUCGACGGCUUCGACGAGCUGCGCGACUACGAAGUUCUUCUGCAGACGCAGGAGAAGGAGCUGGUGGCGUCGCUGCAGAGGGACGGUCGAGCUCAGAGCUUCACCGUCAGGCAGCUGUACUCCGCCCUCCUCCAGAGGAUCCUGCUCCCGGGCUGCACCCUGCUCCUCUCCACCCGGCCCAGAGGCUCCGCCAGUCAGCUGCUCCGCCGUGCGGACGGCUUCCUGGAGGUCUGCGGCUUCACCCCGACCCACGUGGAGACGUAUCUGUCCCAGUACUUCACGGACCCCGUCCUCAGGGCCUCGGCCCUGGAGCUCCUGAGGAGCAGCAGCUACCUGCGUCUCCUCUGCUGGAACCCCGGGCUGUGUCGCCUGGUGUGUUUGGUUCUGGAGCAGUCCGCAGGGCUGGAGGUUCUGCCCAGGUCUUUAACUGGACUCUGUCAUGAGGUGCUGCGUCUGAAAAUGGACAAAGACGGUAAGAGGACAGAGACAGACGCUGAGACACAGGUUCCUGAAACGGAGCCGCAGCCAGAACCUUUUGAAAGGUCUCAGGUGAAGACGUGUCACAAACAGAGGUUUCAAAGAGGAAGGAGGACCAAGCUCCAAGAGACGGAGCUGGACGAAGUGGACGAGGAGACGUCCCAGAGAGUUGGAGGGGCAGCAGAGAGGACAGAGGACAGACAGCUGCUGUCCCAGCUGAGCGCUUUGGCCUGGGACGGGGUCAAAGCAAACUCCAGCAUCCUUCCCAAGGGACCGGCCACGUCUGGAAAACUCCAGGAGUUCGGUCUCAGGAUGGGACUCCUCCUGUCUCACCGCCUGAGGACGACGAGGAGGACGGGAGGAGGAGAGAGGAGGGAGGUGGUGGAGGAUCACAUCCUGUUGUGGGCCAACCCUUUUCUCCAGAGCUACUUGGCAGCCGUUCAUCUGUCUUUGUCUCGAACUAUUUCAGACCGAGCUUUCCUCCAGACCCUGCCCUUCCAUGCGGGAGCCAAGGCCCGGCGCCGGCCUCAGAGGGAGGAGCUGGAGCUCACGCAGCGUCUCACGGUCGGCCUCCUGUUCCACAACAGGACGGAGCUGCAGACGCUCCAGACGCUCCAGACGCUCCAUCCGACGUCGUGCAGGGACCUGCUGGUCAGCAGGCAGGCGCUGGUGCUGAAACACAUGGAGGGUCUGAACUACGGAGACCUGAGCCCCUCCCAGGUCCUGGAGGCCUGUCACUAUGUUUACGAGGCCAGCAGAGUCUCUGGCAGCGCUCGGCUGGUCUCUCACCUGGCUGCAAACCUCCCAGAGCUCCUGACGUUUGGUGGCGUCCCCCUCGGGCCGCCGGACGUCUUCGCCGUGCAGCACGCCCUGGACCAGGCCAGGAGGGACGGGAGGAGCUUCAGCCUGGACCUGGAGAACUCAGGGAUACAGAUCUGUGGACUCAGGGCUCUGGUCGGCCUCAGCAACAUCAGCACGUACAGGGCCUGCAUCGCUGACGUCAUCAGCCUGUGGAAGCAGCUGGAGGAGGACGAGGGGGAGGUCGAGCUCCUGCAGGGGGCGGUGUCUAAGUUCAAGAUCCACCCCCUGAAAGCCACACAGGUGUGUCACAUCGAGCACCUGGCCAAGCUGGUGGACAUCCACGUGCACAAGAGGAUAACGGAGAGCUCCAGCCGAUCAGAGUCCAUCCUGGUGGACGGCGUACCUGCAGUCAAUGAGCUGCACAAGCUGGAGUUUGAGCUCGGUCCAGAUCUUGGUCCUCUGGCUCUUCCUAAACUCUGGGAGCUCCUUCCAGGCCUCCACAACCUGCAGCACCUGGACCUGGAGAACUGUAAGAUUGGAGAUGAAGGAGCAGAGAAGCUGGCGGAUGCUCUGGUCUCCCUCUGUUCUCUGGAGAUUCUAAAUCUGUCUCAGAACUGCAUCGGGGACCAGGGGUUGAGCAAACUGUCGUCCACGCUGAGGGAUCUGCCCCGGCUGCACUGUUUGAGCCUCUACAGUAACGUGAUCUCAGACGAAGGAGCAGAGAGUUUAGCAGCUGUUCUCCCACACAUGGCGUCGCUCACUGACCUGGACGUCAAAUACAACAAGCUGACGGACGUAGGAGCCCAGAGUUUAGGAGCCAGUCUGAAGAACUGCAAGAGGAUCAGGUCUCUGAGGAUGUGGAACCAGUGCAUUCCCUACGGGGUGUUUGAGAGGCUGCAGCAUCAGGACGCUCGGAUCCUGUGGCAUUAGAGCGACGCCAUGUUUACACUACGCUUCCUCCAGAGAGACAGAGACACAAAGAGACAGAGACACAAAGACACACAGACACAACGACACAAAGACACAAAGAGACAAAGACACACAGACACAACGACACAAAGACACAAAGACACAACGACUGCACUGAAACACAUUCUGCUGCUUCAUGGGAACUACAGGGGAGAAGUGAAUGCACAGUACAAGCUCAUUUGCACUAUUCAUCAUUUAGAUUUUGUUUUUUUACUUAUUGCCAGUAUUUGUUUUCUGAGAGGCUGUAAAAGUUGCUUUGUCUUAAAUAAAGUCAACACCUUUUUUAUUUUUUGUUGCCAACUGUUCUGCGUGAAUUCAUCAGUUUAUUAAAAACCUCUUUUCACUUCC